AUGAUGUUCUCAGUAACAGAAAUAACUCACCCUCCAAAAACAGAUACCUUAAAAAUGGCACCUCCUUUACUUUUUCCGGUAACAGAAACCGCUCCAACUGGCACAGGUGGUGAUGACUUACAAAAUGGCGGAGAGACAACUCGACCCACCCAAGAUGGCGCCGGUCCACAAGAUGGCGCAACUGAGCAUCUCUUUGGCACCUCCGAGGACAACUCUGACCUUGUUAAACAAUUGCCUUAUGAAAAUGCUAAUCCUGCCUACCAGGCUGCUAUCAAACCAUAUAGAAAAAAGGAGGAUCUCUCAGGUUAUAUUCACUUGUGCGCUGACUUAAGCCCUGCCUACCAUCAAGCUCAGGUCACAACUGCAUGUACAGCUGUAGUGGGACAAUGUAUUGCCCAAUUGGUGCUGUUGCCAUUGGUUCAGACUCGCAACACUGCCUUGGCUUUCUAUAGGGGAGACUCAUCUCUUGGGUCCUCAGAUGUAUAUUGGGCCCAGUCCAUAUCUAAAGAUAAGCCCCUUAUGACCUUACAGAGGAGACAAUUGUUGCCCGAGCAACGUGUGGGCAGAGAGGCUGGGCAGGAGGAGCCUCGGCCUGUGAGGUCCUCACCAGCGAGCUUCAAAUCCACAGCAGGCCAAGAGCAGAGCAGACGCGGUGGGGAUGCCCAAACUAAGUGUCAGAUUGUGACCCGAGAGCUAGAUAAUUUUUCCCUUGUUCAUCAAGAUGGAGAAGUUCAGAUUCUAAUGAUACAGGCGAGUGGCCACCAGGCUGCAGCACAACACAGAAGACACAUGGACCGCCUGGAUCGGGAAGAAGCUUUCUACCAAUUUGUAAAUAAGUUGAGUGAAGAGGACUAUAGACUUAUGAGAGAUAACAAUUUGCUGGGGACUCCAGGAGAAAGUACUGAAGAAGACUUACUGAGAAGACUACAGCAAGCUAAAGAGGGUUCACUCCCGCAAAACUCAGAUGGAAACCGAGCAGGCCAUGCGCCCAGGGGCGGCUCCCUCAUCAACUGGAUUAACUCUUCUGCACACAUUAGAGACAGAACGAGGAGCAGACACACAGCAGACCUGCUUUGGACUAGUCCAAACCCUGAUGACUUCAGCUUCGGCUUAGCCAUAGAUGUUAACCAAGCUCAGGAGAGCCAACACCCAGAGAAUGAAAAUGAGGCAUCCUCCAGGCGCUCCACAGGACACAUCGCAGGAAACGCCAGCCCACGGGGAAUGGAAAACCCACGACCUGAAUCCACAUCCGCAAGACCUUCCAGGUUACGACGGAAUUCAGCUGAGACAUUGACGACGCUGAUCAGAAGCCAGAGAAGGACCAGAAGCCGCACGGACCAUCGCACCAGAGCCAGAACCGAAAGGAGCAGGUCAGCUCUGCGGUCACGGAGGGACAUUCCACAAAUACCUGCUCAGAGUCUCGCAUCUCAGGUUUUUGAGCGUGUAAAUGACACAGAGGGAAGUUACAGAAACCUGCGCCACGUGACACUGAGACAAAUAACUGAGGCUGAGUUGCUAAGCAGAGGCCUCCUUGCAGCUUCUGAGACCAGACAGGCCUCUGAAGGCGCAAGCCCUGCAGGCACGGCCAGCAGUGGUCAGUCCACAGGACCGGGACAGAGAACUCCAACCAUCGUCUUUGGUUUUCAAGUCAGUAGAGACCAAGCUCAGGAACAUCAACAGGGAACUAGCAUAGCCAGCAGGACUCGGUCAAGGUCUCAGACUCCAAAUAACAUUGACACUAAUGAAAGUGAACGAGGGCUUUUUAGACGUACAUUUUUACACUCUGGGCAGGCAAGUGUGAGAACCUUUGUCAGAACCAUGAGGAUUCCCAUUCGUAGAAUCUCGAAUACUGAUUUAAAUGAGAAUAACAUGUCUUCUGCAAUUCAGACCAUGUUAAGGCAGAUGAUGAUAGAUUUUGGUGAACUAAACUAUCUCAAUUACACUGAUAGCAAUUCAGAACUUGGUGCCUUGAUCUUGAGUGGAAAUAUGGAAAGAUUAGACUCACAGAAUGGAAGGGGGACUUCUGUUCCUGGUAGCAGUUCUGGCUCCAGUUCAAGUUCCAUUUCCAGUUUCAGUCUGAGUUCCAGUCCAAGUUCCAUCUCUAGUGCUGAAGUUUCAGAAACCAGUUCAGAGCUAUCUGACGGCAGUAAUGAAGAGAGCUUAUUGCCAAGUGACAGGCGAGAGGGGCGGAAUCGAGCCUCAGCCUCCCUUAAUGAAAGUGGCUCUUUCCCCUUCUUUAAUCUGGCUCAGAUUUUCCUCUUAAAUGAGGUUGAUGAUGAUCAACCUAGAGGACUCACCAAAGAACAAAUUGACAAUCUGACACUUAGACAUUUUGGUGAAAAUGAUGCAUUAAAAACCUGCAGUGUUUGCAUUAGAGAAUAUUCAGAAGGCAACAAGCUUCGUAAACUACCUUGUUCCCAUGAGUACCAUGCCCACUGCAUUGAUCGCUGGCUGUCUGAGAAUUCUACCUGCCCCAUUUGUCGCAGAACAGUCUUAGUUUCUGAUAACAGACAAAAUGUGUAAUUAAAAUCUGAACUCCUGGGCUGUUUAUCUUGUGCAGUGAUGAGCAAAUAAUAAUUCGCUGAUUUAUGUUCAUGUUGGAGUGGCACUUAAAUGUAAAGUAACAACCUGAUAUGAGUUAUCUCUUUUUAAAAGGAGC